GUGAUCCAGUCCUACGCAUCACGAUAUUUUAGUGGACGUUGGAGCUGAUGUUCACACGCAUAUUUUAUAAGAUUUAUAAAAAGCAGUUGAGACGUGCGAUGUCACUGUAAAAGUAGCAGUACUUGCGUGCAAUGGCGACCCUAUCUCGUCAGGAGGUGAAACUAUACACGGAGUUCUUCCACCAGGUAGAUGAGACUGACGGUGAUGGGAGCGGCUGUCUGUCCUUGGAAAACUGCGAGAAGCUGCUAGACAAAUGUGGCCAUAGACUUCCUAAAGACGUCAUACAGGCUUUCGUCAGUCACGACGAAGACGGGAGUUGGAAACUGACCCUGGAAGAGUUCCUGGCCGCCAUAUCGGGGGCGGUGCCACCCGACUCAGCUCAUUCAAAGGCGGCUGAGUUGCGGCGAUUGUUCCGGGCCUACGAUAAGAACAAAGACGGGUACGUCUCGUUCUACGAGUUGAAGAACGCCAUGCGUGGAUCCGUGACGGAGGAGGAACUCCGGGAGUUCAUCAGAGACUGGGAUAAAGAUGGCGACUGGAGACUGAGCUUCGAGGAGUUUAUCAACAUGUACGUUGCUCCGAUGCCGUCUGACAACAACGACGACGUCACGGCGGCCAGUGCGGAGUCGCAACCUGCUGAAACUUAACAUUAUUAUUAUACUUUAACGAUAUAUCAUCACCUGUCGGCCGUGUGGCCUUUAUGCUGAAUAAAAGUAAUAGAACUAAA